AUGCAAACCCACCUCACAGCCCUCCUCUUCCUCCUCCCCCUCCUCUCCAACGCCCUCCCAGCCCAAGACCCUAACUCCAACCCUAACGCCCAAUCCCAAACUCAAAACGAAAUCCAAAUCACCCCCAAGCAAAUCGAAACCAUCGCCCCCAAAUCCAAAUCCUGCGACUCGGCGCCAUCAAAAGACGAAUGCGCAACAGCAGCGCAGGCCGCCCCGGCCAUCAGCGCAUCCUUCAACAAGUACAAGGUGCACUCGCGGGCCGAGCAAGCCGCAGUCAUCGGGUUGAUGGCGUUUGAAAGUGGUGACUUUAAGAGUAAUCGGAAUCAUUCGCCUGGGGUGCCGGGUCAGGGGACCCGAAACAUGCAAUCUCCAACCUACAACCAAAAAUACGCAGCAUCCCUUCCAGACAUCGCAGACGCAGCAAAGCAAGCCUCAGACGCAGACAAGGUUCUCGACCUACUAGUCAAGAACAAAGAGUACGACUUUGGAUCCGGAGCGUGGUUCCUGACGACGCAGUGUGAGGAGGAUGUGCGGAAGCGGUUACAGUCUGGGAGUGAGGAGGGGUGGAAGGCUUAUAUUCGGGAUUGUGUGGGGACGGAGGCGAAUGGGGAGAGGAGGGAGUAUUGGGAGAGGGCUGUUAAUGCGUUGGGUUGA